ACAGGUGAUGACAACCUCUGCAACGUCCCCCACUCCCUGCCCUGCUCCCCGGUCAAGCGCAGUAAGGAGAACCAAGGCCGCCGCCUGCUCUUCGGGGACACCCCAGGCUCCCCUGAGACCCCCAAGAGCUCAGGGCUGACCCCGCGGCGUGGGGGGCCAGAAUCUCGAAGCAGCGUGUGCGUACCCAGCUGGGCUUGCAGGAAAGUGAGUACCUGCUACCAGCAGGCCAAGCAGGUGCUGCACGCUGCUGUGCCCGAGCGCCUGCAGGGCAGGGAGAGGGAGACAGGAUUCCUCCGGCAGUUUCUGCGGGAUCACGUCCUCGGGCGCCGUCCCGGCAGCCUCUACGUGUCCGGAGCCCCUGGGACCGAGACUGCAAGGCGAGAUGAGCUGGCCGGGAGCAGGACGGUGGUGCUGAACUGCAUGGCACUGGGCAGUCCUCAGGGCAUCUUCCCUGCCGUGGCACAGCACCUGGGGCUGAAAAAAAGGCCCCGGGGCAGGCCUAUGGCCACUGGCAUGGAGAGCGUGCGCAGGCUGGAGAAGCAUCUGACGGCCAAGGGGCCCAUGGUCCUCCUGGUGCUGGAUGAGCUGGACCAGCUGGAGAGCAAAGGCCAGGACGUGCUCUACACCCUCUUUGAGUGGCCACAACUGCCCAACUCCAGGCUUGUCCUCAUAGGGUUGGCCAACGCGCUGGACCUGACAGACCGGAGCCUGGCCAGGCUGGGAGCACACCUGGCCAGCAGACCCUGCCUGCUGCACUUUGCCCCCUACACCAAGGAGCAGCUCACCUGCAUCCUGCAGGAGCGGCUGGGGCAG